UUCAUGCUUUUAGUUCCUUAGAUGAUAUGUAUAUUUACAUUCGUUGUAUGCACUCUGAAAGAGGGAGCUGAUGCUUGUUGGUAAAUGCUUACACAGUGGAUUUGAAUCCCCUGUGAAGUAGGAGUUUGUAAGUCAGGACUCUGCAAAGUUAUGUAAUUUGUGCAAGCUCCCCGCUAAGGUUGGCAGAAGUUAGAACCUUAGUUCUAUGGGCAACGGAAUCUGAGCUCUGAAUCCCUUUACAGUAUUGCUUCUCUCCUGAGAGUCUAGGUUCUUUCAUUGGGAAAAAAAGUAUUGUAACCCAGAUUUGUUUAUCCCUAUCCUAGUCUCCUAAACAUGGGGCAGAAUUUAGACAUCUCUCACUGGAGCAAGGGACUCUUCCUGAUUUCUAAUAAAGACUUAAUCAUGCCAGACCUGAUUGUUCUGAUCCUGCUCAACAGAGCACAGCAAAGUGCAUUAGAAGUUAAAUAAAUACGCAAAACAAUUUCCUGUAUGGCUUACCUUGAAUAUCCAAGUUGAGCUGUUUUCUUCAUUAUUCCUUCCACUUAUCAAAAAAAUUAAUUAAUAAGUAUUCCCGACAGGAAUAUACCUACAAAAUUCCCUCCUACCUCUGCUUCUCCCUUCCUUCCUUCCUUCUAUUUUUUUUAAUCCUUGACUUCCAGCUCUUCUCCCAUCUCUACAUGAACACUGAGCUACGAGCCUUCUCUUCACAGCAUUCUGUCCUCCCAUUCAUUGUUAGGGUGAGUCAGGUUCUCUCAGAGGGGAGGACAGGAAAAGGGCUGCCAGGACAAUUUGCACAAUGUGGUCUUUGGCCACAAUAAGAACAAACAGCUGUCACCUCAAGGGAAGUCUGCUUUUCAUUUGGAGAAAACAUUUAAGCCCCACAAUGACUGUUGGCUUGCCAAUGUUUCCAAACAUUAUGCCCCAGCAUUAAGAACAUUUUUAAUUUCCUACACAUAUUGUUCAGGUUCUCAUUCUCCUGAAUCUCUGAGCAGGAGACUACCAGCUUCGAGACACCUAUUUGCCAUCCUUUAAGACUCAGGUCAGGUGACAUUUUUCAGAGAGCCUUUUCUGGCCCUUCAGUGUGUAGUGGGUACAUUGACACUUAUCUACAUCACUCUCAGAGCAUACAGCUUCCUGCAUUUUUAUGAACUGAUUUCCCCCUCUGUAGUGUGAGCUUCAGGAUGGGAGAGAAGAAGCUUUGUUCAUACCCAGUGUACCUGGCACAAAACAGGGGCUCAAAGCGGAGUAUCAAGGGGAGUCCCCAGAAACUUGUGGUUCAAUUACCUCUGCUUUGUUGGAAGGAUUCUGUCUCUGCAUCUACCCCUUCCCACCAGCCUCCUGACCAUGCUGAAGAUGGCCAAUGGUAUGGAAUCCAGACGUUAGGAAACAACGGAGGACCAGUCUUAGGUAGCCUGAUGUUGUCACCUGCAUCCCACCCCUUGAGGAGAAUGACUCGCUGGGGAGAAUUUGAUGAUCUUUAUCAUAUUAGCGAGCUGGACAAGACCCAGAUUCCAGCAUCUGAAGCAAGGAAUUCUCAGGAAGACUAUUUGUCUUACCACAGCAGCACUCUGAAACCACGUGCAGAUGAAGAGCCACAGUCCUCACUGCUUUACAGAACCAUGAGUGAAGCAACCCUGGUGAGGAAAAGGAUGAAGCCGCUAACGAUGGACCGAAAAGACAGACAGAACCAUAGGGCCUCUAUUAACGGACAUUUCUAUAACCACGAAACAUCAAUUUUCACUCCAACCUUUGGAUCAGAAACUAAGGUCAGAAUAAACAGUAACAUGAGAACUGAGGAAGUCAUAAAGCAACUGCUCCAAAAAUUUAAGAUUGAAAAUAGUCCCCAGGAUUUUGCUCUCUACAUUAUUUUUGCCACAGGAGAGCAGAGACGGCUGAAGAAGACAGACAUCCCACUGCUGCAGAGACUCCUACAGGGACCUUCCAAGACCAACGCUCGCAUCUUCCUGAUGGACAGAGAUGCAGAAGAAAUCAGCAGUGAUGUAGCUCAAUACAUUAACUUCCAUUUUUCUCUCUUGGAAUCCAUUCUCCAAAGAUUAAAUGACGAAGAGAAAAGAGAGAUUCAACAAACAAUAAGGAAAUUCAAUACAGAAAAGGCCAUUAUACAACAAUGUCUUCGAAGUAAACGGACAGUAAAAACAGAGACGACGGUGUAGUCAUACAGGCCUCUAUUGCUAAAACACUUCAACAAAGUUGGAGACGUGUCCCUCUCCCAUGAAUGCACAAGUACUGUACUUGCACUCAUACAAAUAGUCAAGGCCUUGAAUCUGUAGAAAACUGAAUUUGAAGGAGCUUGUUUCUCUUUGAAGUGAUGAGGUUAACUAGGGUUCACUGUUGGACUAAAAGAAGAUUGAAUUUAGAUUCACUAACUGAAAUAGGUGGCGUGGAUACUGUGCCUUCCAAAUAUAUUUUAUAGCAAAGCACGCAAUGAACUCCAAUUUAAAUGACAUCUUCAGGUAUCAUGCUGCACUUUAAACUUGUUUUCUCUUGAACUCUCAAGAGAACUGAAACAUCAGCUGAAUCAGACAUGACUCAGAAUAAAGACUGCCGGUUCUAGAAAUAAACAAGAAGCAAGCUCUUUUCAGCACCAAGGACUCUCACAGUGACAGCGUUUCACAGAUCUUUGAAAACCCCAGCAUUUCCGUGACAUCUCAGACUGUCUUGAUAGGAGGAGGUAGCUCUGGCUAUCAGUCACAUCCGAGCCACCCUUGCUCUGGAAGGAAGAUUAUCAACUCUGCUGGGAAAUUCAAAUUACAAUUUGCUCCAACCUGGGUCCUUCUUUUUCUUCUCUCUGUUCUAAUGACAAAAGUUAGUUGAAGUCUUUUGUUUUCCUUAGUUGUCACACACACACAUGCCAAAAAGACUUAAUAUGUUACACUAGCUAAAACAAGCCUUGAUCCACACAUUAUGAAUAUCUAUUGCUAAACUAAUGUGAUGGUUAAAGCAAAGCUUUUGUAGCUAGAACCAGGCAGAGGAUCUGGAGCUCUGCUCGCUCAGAAUCCCUCUUUCACAGGACAGUUGCCGGCGUACUUAGAAGUCUCCUAAACUUAUUUGGGAAAAAAAAAAACACUGAAGAAAUUAUACUGAAUUAUUUAUCAACUGAGUAUUAAAACUGGAUUUUUAGAGUACAGUAUUCUGUGUUGUAAACUGCUUCCAUUUGCACUGCUCAUAAGCAUUGCAUUAAAUUGUUUGAUUAUAUUACAUGUACUAAGUAACAAAUUUAUAUACAAUGAACCCAGCUGAAAGGUCAACUUUUUAAUAUUAAAAGGGGAAACAAUUUUAGGGCAAAAGUAUAAAGACUUUAUCCUUUCAUGUGGUUAAAUAAUAAAACAGUUUCAUCUCACGAAAAGUAGGCAAAAGGAAUAGUUAAAAUUCUGUAUGAGCAGACUAACGAAAAAUGUGAAGUAAUGGCAAGUAGCUGCUAUAAACAUGAGAGCAGUUUCCUCUUUAAUAUAACUGAAAGCCUGCAAAAUGCAUCGGAAAAACAUCUGGCCUUGCACAGAAAGUAAAAUGGUAGAUGGUAUGAAAAGAGAAAUAACAGGAGGUGAAAUGUGUAUUGCUACCAAGUAUAUGGAGAAAAAAGUUGUAUCUUCAUAGUGCUCAACUGUAGCAGUCAUUGUCCAGUCAGGAGAGAGAAAUCAGGCAGUAACUGCAGUAGGAGUUUAUAGCAUAGAAUUUCUAAUAUCUGAGAGGAGAGUAAAGCUAAAGACGGGAAGAGAACUCUAAAGGGUACCCUUUGGCUAAAAGAAAGAUGCUUAAAAAUAAGAAGCUUAGAAUAAGGGGUUCAUAAUUCACUGGAGGGGCAGGCAUGUGGCCUGGCAGUUAAGAUAGCAGCUAAGAGCCCGCUUCACACUACCUGGUUUUGGCUUCUGACUCCAGUUUCCUGCUAAUGCAGGCCUUGUGAGGCAGCAGUGACGGCUGAGGCAGUUGGGCCCCUUGUGGGAGACCAGGACUGCAACCACUGCAGAUAUUUGGGGAGUGAACUAGCAGAUUGGAACUCUCUCUACCUCUCUCUGUGUGUGUUUACUUCUCAAAUUAAUGAAUAUUAUAGAAAGAAGAAUUCACUGGAGAAGAUGUGCCUACAACCUCCUGGGUAGGUCACUGGGCUGCCUAGCACAAAGCGAGCCUCACUUGCUGGGUGAGCAGGAAUGGCUCCUGUAGAGUAGAUGACCUUUGCGUGGAAGGACUUGGGGCACAGAAGGAUUGGGGUGCUGCUCCAGGCACUGCUGCCACAAAGAGCUGGAGGACCCAUCUUUGCAGGAACAUUGUAGAACCCUUGGUAUGGUAUGGGCUCGGGCAGCUUAGCAUUCAGCAACUGGCUGGCUGGCUGGAUUGCCAGCACCACAGGUUCCUCUCUGUGAGCCUCCGCCAUGCUGAGAUGUGGAGAGCAGAGACUGGGCUCAGUGCCAAGCCACCACUGGCCAGAUCAAAAGCUACAGAAGCAGGCGGGCAAACGAAUGCUGGAGAAAGCUGAACGCUACAGGCAACUGGCGCUGGAGACCCCACUCUGGGCAGAGCCUUGGAAGAAAAAAGCCUGCUCUCCAGGAGCCUGGCCUGCCGGCCCCUGGGAACCCAGAAAACCUUUUCCUCCUGCAGUACAGCGCCCUCUACCUCAAAGCGUGAUGUCAUGCAAGCAGCGAAGGAAAAGAGUGCCUGAAUAGAUUACCACAGAGCUCAGAGACAAUAAAACAAUAACCAGCAUGUCAGCAAAACCCAAAGCAAAAAAAAAAAAAAAAAAAAAAAAAAAAAAAAAAAAAUUGAAAUAUACUCUUGUCUAUUAGCAAAGAUUAAGAAAUGAUGUGAACCACUCAUCGUAUCACAAGGAGACGGACACAGUCCUGGUAGAAACUCGAAUGCAUAUUAUUUUUCUUGAUGACAAGUUAAUGCUAUUUAUCCUAUGAUCUUAUCAAACGGAAAUGACCAGUGGUACCAAGACAUUCUACAAAGAUAUUUAUUAUACUGUUAUUUAUUGUGAUGCAAAAAAGUAAAAGGUUUAAAUGUUUGAAUAAUAGAAAAAAAUUAAAAGUUUAGAGGGAAAGAAAUUUUACCAUAGAAUGUUAUGUAGCCAUUAUGUUUCUAAAUAAACUUUAAUUAUAAGAGUAAAUUAUCUUUGAUAUCUAAAUAAGAAUAUGUACACAUUCCAAAAUAUUUAUUUCCCUUAAGAUAUGUGUGUGUGUUUCUAUGUGUAUGUACAUAUUAAUAUUUGUGUGUGUACACGCUCACAAACCAAAACAACAUGUUUAAUGUAGUUAUGUGGGGUUGCAGAAUCAGGGUGAUCCAUGUUUAUCUACUUUUUAUUUAUUAAAUGUUCUGUAGUGAAUGUAUUAUUUUUAAAAUCAGAAAACAGAAAAAUUGUCAUUUAAAGGUUAGCAACAACGAAAAAGCAAGUACAUGAAAGCGUAGAGUUCUACUAGGUGCAAAAAUGUUCAAAUCAGUUAUUCAAAUGCGACAUUAACACUACGUCUGUGAUAGUUUUAAAAUACAUCCAUAAAGUCUUGGAUACAUUUCUUUCCAAGAAAUAGAGCUGAAUCCUCCUCAUUUUGCAAAUGGGCUGGACUUCAUGGCUUCUUUCUGUUCUGUUUUUAAUUAACAAAAAAUAAUUAUUUGUAUUUCUGGGGUGCAAUGUCAUAGUAUGAUACACACAUGUGGUACACUGUGGAAUUAACUCAGGCUCAUUAACAUAGCCAUCACCACUCUCACUCAUUAUUCUCUAGGGCUGAAGUCACGGGAAAUCCAUACUUCAGACAAUUAGUGACUUAACACAGAGACGAGGUCUGAAGGGACAAUGUGGGGCUUUGGAGUACAGGUCACAGAAACCAUGUUCUCUUGCGUCACUUGCUCUGGGGGAAGCCAGCCACCCUGGGCUGAACGGUCCUGGCGCACUGGGACCUGUUGCCACAGCCUGGCAAGAGGUCAAGGCCUUCUGUCCACAACUGUGUCAGCACACGCCUGGAAGUGGAUCCUCCCUCCUCAGUCACGCCUCUAGAGGACGCCCACCCCUUCUCAUAGCCCAACUGCAGCUUCCUGAGAAAGCCCAGUGAAGCUACUGCUAGAUUCCUUAUCCCCAGAAACUGUGGAGGAUGAGCAGUGCUUCUUGCGGUAUGCUGUUAGAUGUCAGGUUAAUGCACUAUCUGGCUGUGGAUAACUAACACAAUUUCUGAGGCAAAAAAAAAGGGGGGGGGGUCUGUUUACUUCAAUUAUGUUUGCACAGUACAAGAAUAUAAAUUUUCAUCACAAAACCAUUUUUCAGUGUUUUCAGUGGUCCAAAUAUUUCAUUACCAGUUACUUGUUAGUUCAAAUUAUGUUCUGGGUAAUAUAUUGCAGUUAUUAACAGUGGAGAGCCUCUCACAUGCAUCUUUAUAUACUUCGAUGCAUCUUAGGUCUAGGAUGUGUUCAGUCAAAAAGCAAUUAGAAUAAAUUAGUGAAUGAAUGAGCAAGUGAGUGGAUUAUCUAAAAUAUUUUUAUGAAACGUGUAACAGCUCCUUUUUCACAAAUCUCAUUCAGUAGCUCAAGAAAUCUGGACUCUUUCCUCAAGGGAAGGUUUGACCUAGCAGCUAAGAUACCCAUUGGAAGGUCCACAUCCCACAACAGAGAAUUUGGGUUCAAGUCCUGGCACUAUCCUAAUUCCAGCUUCCUGCUAGUGUGCAUACUGGGAAGCAGCAGGAGAUGGCUCAAGUAAUGGCAGUCCUGCCACCCACAUGGUAGACCUGGAUUGGUUCCUGGCUCCCAGCUUCAGCCUGGCCCAGCCUCAGCCACUGUGGGCGUUCAGGGAGUGAACCAACAGGUGGGAACUCUGUUUCUGUCUUUCUGCCUCUUAAAUAUAUAUAUAUAUAUAUAUAUAUUUCCUUUUCAUAUGGUUUUCUAUAAUAUCAGUGUAUACUUCAUCAUCUUGUGGCACUGUGAACCAAAUAUUCAGUUAGGCAGUGUUACUGUGGAAUUUGGUUUGGAGAUGUUUAGACUGGUUUCAAGAACUAAAAGAGAAAGAAGUUCAUUUAUAAGGCAGCCAAUGAGGUGGGAAAGACAGCAAGUGUGAUUAUUAAGUUGAAGUAUGUACAUGGGAAAGAGAAAUAGAACACAAUUAGGCAGGCAAAAUGCCUCAGUGACACCCAUUUGUCUUAUAAAUUAAUAACAUCUUACACCUGUUCAAUCGACCCAUUUGGAAAUAUUAAUAUUUAACCCACAAAAGCAGUAAUUUCAUAUAGUUCUGCCUAAACCCACUUACCCUUUGCCAGGCACUAUUUUAAGUGUUUUACACUGAAACUCAUGUUACGCACAUUACAGUCCCAUGAGGAAAUUUCUCUUUCAACUGCAUUUCAUAAAUGAGUGCAGUGAGCCACAGAGAAGUUCUGAGAUUUGCUGAGGUUUUCAGCAGAAGAAGUAGGUGAGAUUUGAACCACUAUGGAAUCUGGGCUCUCAACCACCCAGAACUCCACUCCCUCAAUAACAUUUCCUUUUAUGUGUCCUCACUCGUGUAAUGGGAAAAAAAUAGAAUAAUUCCUCGCUAUCCCCUGGAGAUUGGUCUCAGGACUCCCUGCAGUUGCUCAAGUCCCUGACAUAAAAUGUCAUAUUUUUUUUUUUUUUUUU